AGUGAAAGUAACCCAUCGAUAACGCGACAUCGAGAAGCAGCAAAAGCCGCACGAAUGGCCUGGAACACGGCAUUUGCGUCCGCAGACGAGGUGCACCGGAUUGACCAGCCAAUGGAUGAUACUGUAUUGCAACAGUUGCCAAUCCAUACUAUGCAUCUUGAUGAUGAUGUGUCAGAAAAUGCUAGUCGCAGAGGAGCACUGUCGGAUCGUGCGAGUAUUUUCUCGAAUAGCAUGGAAUCGCAACUAUCCAAUUUCACGUCAUGCACAAAUCCAACUUUUGAUCCCGUACAUCGUAUCCUGGAAAAGAAACUCACCGAAACGGAAAUGCCUUUGGCUCUAACAAAAGUUAUUGCUGUUUUGGGAACGAUUUUAAAGCAUCAAGCUGCUUGCAUUUGGCAGAGCAGUAAUACGAGAAUGUCACUUUUACAAAUUGGAAUGUUUGCACUACAUGAAAAAUCAACUGUUCGAAGUGCUUCUCGUCAUGCUCUGCGUGUCAUUCUUACCGAUCCAGUAAUGGCCAUAUGCAAUGAUUGCCAUCCAGCAGCAAGUGUAAUCGGUGAUUUCGUGAUCCAAAAAUUGCAGCAAAGUGCUGGUAUCGCUUUAAAAUAUUUCAAAUCCUACGUUUUUACUGAGUUACCUGCUCGUAGGCAAUGUGCGGUGGAAAGUAAUGCUACUUUAUUACUAUCGGUUGCGCGUCUAUUCUGUUAG